AUGGGUUGCCUAUCAUUCGCCAUGGAACCUGACCUGGAUAAUGAAAUCUUGAUACGGGUGUCCCGCUCGACUUGGUUUUUCAUGAAAAUUGGUACAUAUUCGGUCAGCUGGCCCCACCAGACCUGGUGCUCGAGCAAAGAAACUCAGCAACGAAACAUACGUAUUCGCACGAAGCUGACCCAUCGAAUAACCCAUGAGUACACCCUGACAGCUUUGAUGAAGCUUUCGCUUGUAAUCCGGAACAUGCGAGCGGUGUGCUGCAUUUAUGUUGUCGACCGUAAUCCAGUCGAAUAUAGCGAGGAGCGGAAUGACGCGCGCAUCUGUUUACGAUAUGGCCCGGGUCAAUUCGCAUGGAUGAGGAAUGUAUCAUCACGCUCACCUCAAACCGCUCGUUCUCAUUUCGACCAACUCUCAGACCGACCAGCUCUCACUCCGACCAGCUCUCAUCCCGACCAGCUCUCAUCCCGACCAGCUCUCAUCCCGACCAGCUCUCAUCCCGACCAGCUCUCAUCCCGACCAGCUCUCAUCCCGACCAGCUCUCAUCCCGACCAGCUCUCAUCCCGACCAGCUCUCAUUCCGACCAGCUCUCACUCCGACCAGCUCUCAUUCCGACCAGCUCUCACUCCGACCAGCUCUCAUUCCGACCAGCUCUCACGCCGACCAGCUCUCACGCCGACCAGCUCUCACUCCGUCAUGCGAAUCCAAUCUAUCGGAUCAUCUCUUGGUCGCCGAUGGAAGGAAAGGUGGUUUAGGGUCAUCGUCGACUUAGAAGCGCCCCCGCCCCCUCUGCUCAUCGACGGGAAUAGCAACAGAGGAGAAGAGAAAGCGAAGGAAACGGCAGGUGAUGCGAUUGCCAACUAUGAGAUUGAAUGCACUAUGACUAUGUAUUUCUUGAGCCAGCUCAACAAAGAUCACUGGCCAAGCGAGAGAUCCUUGGGAUUUUACAAUGGAAACUUCAUCUCAAAUGAAGCGUUCGCUCAACUGCCAAUCACCCAGGAUCUUGCUAGUCGAGUGGUCAUCAUGGAGAAUCAGUAUGAAUAUGCCUACCAAGGACAAGGCCACCGAUCAGCCUACACAUAUCAUUGCGUGGGCAAAUUCUUCGGCGAUCUCUUCGAGAAGUGGGUCUUCCGCCGAUUCGACGAAGAACAGAGGCGAGAACAGAGGCGAGACCGGAGGGGUAAAUGGUAUCGAACUCGAUCAGACAGAAUGAGAGAGAUUCUUGUCAAUGUUGGGGCUAUUGAGGAUAUGGAUUUCAAAACCAAUAUCACGAAGGUCGCCAUCCGCAUACGGCAAGGACAGAAGAAGCCUUUAAAUGGGUCUCUGCAAAAGCAGAAGAUGCAGUUGUUGCAGGAGUAUGGAUUCAAGAACAUGGAAACUACACCAUUUCUUGACUGUGUACUCAACAACAACAAGGGCUGGAACUGUAUGAGGUCAAUUGACUUCAAAUACUUUCUCCAAACCCUGAUCUACAUUGGGAAAUCUCAUCUGAGAUUGCCCAUCACAAUGGAUCUAUAUGAGCGAGGCUUCAGUCCUAAAGAGAUUGAUAGGAAGCGAGAGAUGUGGAUGAGGAGGCAGAGAGAUCAGUGGUAUACACUGUUUGGAGCCAUGGUGAUGGAUAGGAGAAACCUGAGCAGCACUGGGACCUUAGACUACUAUCAUCUGAACAGUGUAUACAAAGCCUUUGUCUGUCCUUAUAUCUGA